AUGGCGUCGGAAUACGCACGAGUCAUUCAAGGUUUGCCACAACUCACGGAAAAAACGAAUUAUGGAAAUUGGAAGUUCAGAGUAGAAUUACUGUUGGAGGAAAAGGGAGUAUUGUAUGUUUUGAAGGGUAUAAAAAGUGAAAACUUUAAAAGGGAUGAUGCCAAGGCGCGGUCUAUUAUCGUGCAAUGCGUUGAAGAGAAGUACAUACAAAUAAUAAGAAAAGCAGAAUGUGCUAUCUCAAUGAUACAAUGUUUAGAUCAAUUCUUCGAAAGAAAAACCGUUUUCAGUAAACUAAAUUUAAGGAAAAAGUUAAUGCAACUUAAAUUUAAUUCAGGAAAAUUGCAGGAUCACUUCUUGGCAUUUGACAACAUAGUAAGUCAAAUAGAAAACAUGGAUGAAAGUGAGAAAAUCUGUCAUUUAUUGCUUGGCAUGCCACAAGACUAUGAAAAUGUAAUAACAGCGUUGGAAACAAUGAGUUGUGACAAAGAAUUAACCAUAGAAUUUAUAAAAACUCGUCUGCUGGACGCUGAAAUUAAAAUGAAAGAAAAAAUUGAAGAAACCAAGAAAGAAAUAAAAGAGAGUAAUGAUACAGAUAAUGCUGUUGAUUUUAGUGCACAAACCUGUUACAAGUGUGGCCGCAAAGGGCACAAAAAAUUUCAGUGCUUUUCUGGAGGAGGAAAGUAUAAUGGACGGCAAGAUAAUGGUAGAGGAAAUAAUUAUAGAGGUAGAGGAAAUAAUUAUAGAGGCAGAGGAAAUAAUUACAGAGGUAAAGCAAAUCAUUAUGGUGAAAGAUAUCAGAAUGCAAAUGUAGGUGAGACACAAGGAUAUGAUGAACAAAGCCUAAACUAUGAUAUGCAUGCGAGUACAUAUGAAUGCAAAGCUAAUUUUAUAGAAGGUGAAGGAACUAUACAGUAUAUCAUUGAUUCAGGAGCAACAGAGAACCUGAUGCAAAAUAAAUUUAUGCAAUAUAUGACAAAAAUUGAAAAUUUAAAGUGUGAAAUUAAAAUUAAAAUAGCAAAUGGCUCUUAUUUAACUGCUACUAAAAAAGGAAGUUUAACGGCUCAUUGUCAAGGAGUUACAUUGAAUGUAGAAGCCUUAAUUGUACCUGGAUUAUGUAAUAAUUUGUUGUCUGUAAAACAAUUGAUGAAUAAAGGCUAUAUGUUAAUAUUCAAGGAUAAUACAUUAAAAAUAAUUAAAGGAGAAAAAACAUUUUAUGGUGAAAUAUCAGGAAAAUUAUGUACAUUAAAAAUGAAUAUAAAUAUUGGAGAAAUUUGCAAUAUAACAAAACAAGAGAAUUUAUGGCAUGAAAGAUUAGGACAUCCAAAUAGAAAAUAUCUAAGCAUUAUGAAGUUACCUUAUAGUAAAGAAGUGUGUAAUGCAUGUAUGAAAGGCAAGAGUACCUGUUUACCAUUUAAAACUGUGACUAAACCAAAAUCUUGUCAAAUUGGUAAACUUAUUCAUACAGAUAUUGCAGGACCAGUACGAACUCUAACUAAAGAAGGACUUUAUAUGGACUUUAAGUGUGUGAAAAAUGUUAGUGAUAUAAAGUGUACUUUGUUAAUGGACAAUAGAGGUGCUAUUGAAUUAACUCAGUCUUAUGAAAACUCUAAGCGAGCUAAACACAUUGAUAUUAAGAUGCAUUUCAUAAAAGAUUUGGUUGAUAAAAAGAUUUUGGAUAUUUCUUAUGUUUCUACGGAGAAUAAUUUGUCAGAUUUGUUUACUAAAAUAAUGUCAUGUGAAAGAAUUACUUUUAUAAGAAAUUCAUUAAAUAUUGUG